AUGCCGUCUGUGCCUGCGUCGUCUGUCGCUGCACCAUCAGCGCCUCUUCUCAGCCCGCCGAGCUUCGCCUCUCUCGAUUCCCCGCACGCGAGUGCAUCGGGAGUUCGCACGUAUUUUUCAAAGUCGAAAGCGAAGUCCGAGGAAGAGGCGCGGCGGCAGGCUGCUGCGCGGAAGGCAUUCUUUGAGUCGCUGAACGAAAAGAAGAAAAAAGAGAAGAAGGAACGCGCCGAAGAAGAGGCACGGCAAAAGGCGGAAGCCCGCCGACACGGGCCCCUGCUGCAGGGCAAGGACUACUACCAAUUCCUCCAAGUGGAACGCUCCGCGUCUCAGGACGAAAUCAAAAAGGCCUACAUAGAGGCGGCGAAGCGGCACCAUCCCGACCAGAACCCCGAUGCGCCCGCGGAGGCGGCCGAGCGCUUCCAAGCGGUUCAGCAGGCCUACGCGACUCUCAAGAAGCCCUGGAGUCGAACCCUCUACGACCAGGAGCUCGACGGGCACUUCGGCGGCGCGCGCCGGGGUUCGGUGGAUGCGGGCGCCGCGGCGCAGAGCGCCCGGGCGGGCGAACAGAUCUGGAAAGAGUGCUGGGAAGAGACUGAUGAGCAACGAGCACAGCGACGCGAGCGAUAUCGACGCUAUGCCGCUGGGAUCAGGGAAGACAUCCCUCAUCAGGACUCGUUGAAUCCGAUUUGGGUCAUCGCCGGGACGUCCUUCGCGGUCUUUGGGUUCGCCGCGUACAUCAACACCAAGGGGAAAAUGUCCAUCGACGCAGCGCUGAGUGACGAGUUCACGGAUCGCGAUUUUCGCGGCGAUCAGCUCGUGCGGGCCUUCUUCAAUCCGUUUUCUGCAAAGUGGGAGAGGCUUCCCGACGGUUUCGACCCGCCCGCGCCUCACACGCUUUACAACUUUUAUCAGAAGCAGUACCCGAAUAUCCGAUUCGAUAGAGCCUCGCUGCCUCCGAAUCAACUGACGCUGGUCAAGAUUCCGCGAUCGCAGACUGAACCGGCGCGACUUCUCCUCGACAUGCGCACUGGACAGACGCUUUGGGCGACUCAGAUUCGCGAGCGGCGCGAGGCGGCGCCUUCCUCUUCGCGCCCCGCGGUCCCUUCUCCCUAG